ACCACAAUUAUGCUUCUAAUCCAAAGGUUUCAUGAACCGUAUCUUUUUUUUUAUUUGGGUAUUCAAUUUCUUUGGUUUGGACCAAAAAGGAGAGUGCAUACAUGUUAUCUGUGUUAAUUUGUCAUCCAGAUCUACACUGAACAAAAUUAUAAACACUUUUGUUUUUGCCCCCUUUUUUCAUGAGCUGAACUGAAGACUUUUUCUAUGUACACAAAAGGCCUAUUUCUCUCAAAUAUUUUUCACAAAUCUGACUGAAUCUGUUUUAGUGAGCACUUCUUUGCCGAGAUAAUUCAUCCACCUUACAAGUGUGGCAUAUCAAGAUGCUGAUUAGAUUGUUUAUUGCACUGGUAACACAUAAACGUAAAAAAACAACAACAAACAAAAUCUAAUACCCAAACUUUUGAAUGAUAGUGUAUAUAUAUAAAAACCUAUAUCAAUGCGCGCACAUAUCACUCGCACACAAAUCAGAGCACAGAAACUUGCACGCUGCCCCACGUCUUUUAUUAAUAAAAUAUCAUCCUAGAUCGCUUAUAUUACCCAGCAACGAGGAGGAAAAAUAGCUGUUUUAAAGUAACUAAUCUCACAGCUUUGUAGAGAGAGAGAGACAGAUGCAGGUAAUUCACAAACGCAACUUUCAACUCUCUCUCUCAAAAUGGCCAUAUUUCUAAAAUUAAAAAACAGUUGACUAAUACUAAAAGAUUUGCAACUUCCAUAUAUUUCUUCACUCUCUUAUAUCACUUUAAAAAAAAAAUCAUCCUAACAAGAGCACUGUGUAAUGGAGUACAGCAGGUCAAUGCAAGCACUUCAAAUGUUGGGGAGGACAGUUUGGCCUCUUUUAACUAUUGGGGAGGACGCAGCUAGAAAUCAGUGGUUUAGUUGUAUUUACAACACUGUUCCAGAACAGUUGAACCCAAAUAUUUAGAUGUGUGCAACGCAAUUUAUGGAGGACUGUUUCCUGAUCCUGGAAGAGUAGACUACAAUGCACAGACCCACAGAACUUACAAAUGGGUACAAAUUACAUUUUUACAACAAGAAAAAGGUGGAUAAGUUUACAUUAAUCUACACCCCACCUUUAGCAGCGCAGGAGUGUUGGAAUAUUCAAAAACAGUAUACCUUCGCUCAGCUUUUUUUUUACUUCUUUUUGCCCCCAAACGAAAACGAACUUCGUUGGAAGUAUAUCGGGGCCUUUACAAAGGUGAAGUUUAAGACAGUUUGUUAAACGUUUUGUUAUAAACAUUUUAUUGGAGAGCAUUAAGAAAAAAUGCUUUUGUAUAGUCUGCAUACAACACUGAUACUGGGGAAUGUUAUUUGACAGAUUACAAGGUGUCUUUAAAGGUGUAAAAUCAUCUCCACAGGGAUCAAUAUGAUAUUUAUUUUCAAUCUUCUCCCAUGUUAAUGAAUUUAGUCAAUAGCAGACUGGUUAAAACUUUGUUGGUGGUUAUUGGUAGAAUAUACAAUUAUAUUUACAGUAGUAGCCAAAAGUGAGUCUGCUGUAAUCAAAAACAAAGAGAGAAACAAAAUAACUGAUUACAUUGUUGUCAAUAUAUGCUUUAUUUUCUGUGAGUUUUUUGUAUAUCUGUGAGCUUUCUUGUUAUUGUUCCAUGAUAUGCUGGAGUUUACAUUUCUUGGCCAAAUAAUUUUGUCAUUUAAUAACUUAACCAAAUUUAGUGUAUCUUCCUCCCAAGCUCUUUCGUACAUGACAAUCCUUUUUGACUACUUGCUUUCCCACCCUCUCAGAUGUGUAACAUCGUGUGCAUGUCCCCUGAUGUAAACUUAUGACACUCAGAAUACAUUGUUCCCGUUCCCCUGGUUUUUCUUAACUGACAUGACCAAUAGCCUGUUUCUGUUCACCAAUGUGUCUGUAUUCUCUGUAUAUCCACUAAGAGGCAGUAUAACUACUGAUACUGUGAUAUUAAUAAAGUUCAUGUCCGCUGAAGAAAGGUCUUCAGCACUCAAAAAGUAAAUGGACAGUGCCGUCCAUUGGAGCAUACGUUUUCAUAUUGCUAAUCUGAUGAUAACCGGCAUAGGCAGUCUUUUUGCAAGAAACCUGUAAACAAGCAAAGCGAAGCGGUGUAAUCAGUAAAGAAAUGACCGCUAAACUUAGUUUUUGUUGUUGCUGUUUGUGUUCAGGGUUUAAAUGCCAAAAGAAAACAGUGGAUAUGCAUCUCUCAUCCUUCUUUUUAGAUUGUGACGAAGCACUCAAAUUAAUUUGUAUAAUUUUAACUUACUUCCCCUAUUAUUGUUAGUUAAUUAUUUUUAACCUUAAUAAUCAUUGAGAUUGACUUUAGUGGUUGGUUAGACACCAAUGAUUUAUGUGUAAAAUAGCCUACUAUCAUUAUUUGUAACACUUUAAUUCAGAGACCAGUAUUAACUAGUUUCUUAUUAUGCAUAGUACUAACAUUGACUGUUUAUUAGUACUUAUAAACCACAUAUUAAUGCCUUAUUCUACAUGAUCCCUUAACCCCAUACCUAAACUUAACAACUACCUUACGAACUGUUAAUAGGUAGUAAUACAGAGUUUAUUAAGGCAAAAGUUGUAAUUAAUAGUUAGUUAAUAAUAAGAAUUGGUCCCCAUACUUAAAGUGUGACCUUAUUAGCCUAUUAAAUAUAUACUACACUUUUGGCUUACUUAUUAAACAAGUCAAGUCACCUUUAUUUAUAUAGUGCUUUAUACAAUACAGAUUGAAUGUGUCAAAGCAGGAAAAUAGUUUGUCAGUAAUUAAAGAGGACAGUAAGGAACAGUCAGUUUCUCAGUUUAAGAAUGACUAUACACAAAAAUCUGUACGUUUUCACAAUGAUGAAACUGAAAUUGACAAAUCACUUCAUUCUUGUUUCCUUUUCCUCUUCAGCCAUCAAGGUGGAGUCUAAACACUGUGCUCCUCAUUUUUACGUGGCAUGAUUUACGCUCGGAGACUAUCUGGCUUUUUCUAAUCAUAGUCACUAUUUUCAUUAAUUUACUUUUUAAUAAUGUUUGGUUUUAAGUAUGCUCAUGUUGUUCUCUUGUUUCUUAUCACCCCUUCGGUAACUGCACAUGGGGGUAUUGUUUAUAUCCACAGAGUGAGAAAUUCAUCCAUUGACAUUUCCUGUGAAUCAGCAAAUAAAGAAGAAAUCCCAUUUGCCUUUUCGCUGAAUCGCAGGUUGCUACAGUCCAGACGAGUGCUUUAUCUUUCUAAAGGACUCCCAUCAAGUAUCAAUAAAUCUGAGGACAAGGAUCGUAUCACUGUACGUGAUGAGUUGGACAACCACACAGUUCAUCUGACAAUCUCAAACCUGCAAGGACAGGACUCGGACGUGUACCACUGUGAAUUCCACUAUGGCGAUCUUCCUUUUGAUAAGAAUGUUCCUGGCAAGAUGGAGUUCUUCAUUUAUGUUGAAGACUUCUCUCAUGAGCCUUGUAAUUGUUCAAGUUACCUGCCAUUGCUGUAUGUGAUCUCUGGAGGUGCAUGUCUGCUGGGUGUUCUGUUUUUCACUCUCACUACAGCUUACUGUUGUAAAAGGCCUAACCGUAGAAAGCCACAGCCUGUAGUUCCUGUUUAUGAGGAGAUGGCUGGGGUGCGGCCCACCAAAGGAAAAGCCACAAGAUGUCACACUGAUAUUGCAAAACCGGAGGAAGCAAACAGCUCUGUGGGCCACUUGUUCAGCAAUGAAAAUCUUUAUGUUAAUUGAUUUAACAAAAUGUAUUGACUGAGAAGUGACUCUACUGAAGUGUCGACGUUCAUGGUGAUGCCAGCUCCAGCUCGCCCACAAAACCUUUCUGAAUCAUCAGCUUUAAAAGUAGUUUGUCAGCAUGAAAUUGGUCUUUUCAUCUUUCAUCCUACCUUCAUGUUAAUGGUACUUUAAGACAUAAUUUUAAUGCUACAAAUACAGAAUGUCAGCUUACAGCCUUUUUUAAAGAGAAGUUAUCUGCUUUGUGUCUGUAGCACAAAAUAGUUAUGAUACAAGACAGUAUUUUGUAUUAUGUGAUACACUGGUAAAAGUUGUUUAUUUUUCAUUUUUAACCUCUUUUGUGGAACUGAAUAGAAUUAGAGUGGUAGUUAGUUUCCCACUGUCUGAACAUUCUCUACAUUUAA